AUGCCGGUGAAAGACGAUCCCGCCGUGACCGCAAAAAAGCAGGAAGUCCGUGAUGCUUGUGUGCUUGGCGACUUUGCCCAGCUUCAGAAAUUGGCAGGCUCCGCGGGCGGUUUUCUUACAGACGAGUUACGCCAAAUAGCAUGGCCGGUACUCCUAGGAAUUCCUCUCGACGCUGAGGGUCAUGCCGACGUGGAGGCGGCGUCGGCUAUGGCAGGUAUCUCAAAGAAAGAGGACAGCGGCUCCUGGGAGAGUCUCCCUCCUCAUCGAGACGAGGAACAGGUCCAGUUGGACGUCAACCGUGCUUUUGUUUACUACCCAACGCACGCCAACGAUGCUGAGGAAGCUCGCCAAAAGAAGGCCUUAUCGGCGCUGAUUAUCGAGGUCUUGCGCCGUUACCCCUACUUGUGCUACUUCCAAGGCUUCCACGAUAUCUGCCAGGUCUUCUUGCUGGUACUCCCUCCCCAUCUGCGGACGCCGACCGUUGCCCGUUUGGCUGUCCUGCGCAUCCGCGACUUUAUGUUGCCCACCAUUGAUGCUGCCGUCCAGCAGCUCCUGUUGCUGCCGGACAUACUACGAAUGGCCGACCCGCCGCUCUGGAACCAUUUGCGACUUGCACAGCACCCGCGGCCUUUUUUUGCCCUCAGCGGCACCCUCACCAUGUACGCCCACGACGUACAAUCUCUCGGUGCUAUUGCGCGCCUGUUUGACGUACUGCUGGCCCGCCCGCCUGCGUUUUCGCUAUAUCUGUUCGCGGCUAUUGUGCGUGCACACCGCGAGGCCUUAUUUGCCACACCGGCCGACGAGCCAGAGAUGCUCCACCACGUUCUGUCCAAAUUACCGGGUCGGACAGGCGGCGACCGGGGCACUAACGAAAACUUUAGUGAGGAGAGCGGCAACGCAUCGUCUCCACUGCUAGACGAUCUCAUUGCCGAUGCUGCGCAGCUUGCAAACGACUACCCCGCGCAUACGCUGCCAGCGUGGCGGUCUAUCGCUGCGUCUUCUGUUUUGAAGACGGCGGACGAUCGUGCGACUGCACAGUCAAAGAGCAGACCUGAAAGCGCAGCCGACAAGCCCUUGGCCUCUGGCUUGACAGUAGCCGAUGGCGAGCGGCUGUUCCACGAGCAUGUGCGCGAGCUGGAGACAGCCGAACGGCGGCGGCAGCAAGUGGCGCGGGUCCGGCAGAUUCUGUGGCAGUACAGAGGCCCCAUGCGGGCCGUCGGUGUUGCCGUGCUCGUGGGUGUUGUUGCCGUUGCCCUGCGCCGUUCAGGUGCCAGUGUUGGAGGGGGAAGCUCGUUCCUCACUGGCCCGGUCGCAAAAAUGUCGUCACUUUUGUCACGCGUCGGUAUAUACAUUGGCUAG